AUGCCAGUCAGAGCCCCCAGGGCAAAAUACACAUUGGUAGGAGAAGCUAUACGUUACAUCAUUCCCGGAGACAUGCAAUGCUCAAUCGGCUGUGGAGGUCAAGCCUGCAAAUAUGACAGCCCAAGUUACUGGAGUGAAAAGGAACAGGCCAUAAAAGGCCUCUACUCAUCCUGGGUUUCCGAUAAUCUUCUCGCUAUGUCCAGACCCUCAACAGAAAUCAUUGAGAAGUACAACAUCAUCGAUCAAUUCAGAAGGAAUAGUAUUAAAACAGUGAUCAACCUACAGAUACCUGGUGAACAUGCCAGCUGCGGGAACCCUCUGGAGCCAGAGAGCGGCUUCUCGUACCGCCCAGAGGUCUUCAUGGAAAACAACAUUUAUUUCUACAAUUUCGGCUGGAGUGACUAUGGGGUGGCCAACCUCACCACUAUGCUGGACAUGGUGAAGGUCAUGGCCUUCGCACUGCAGGAGGGGAAGAUAGCGGUCCACUGUCACGCCGGUCUCGGCAGAACAGGCGUGCUCUUGGCAUGUUUCUUGGCCUUCGCAACCAGGAUGACUGCUAACCAGGCUAUUCUGUACGUACGCGCUAAACGCCCCAAUUCCAUCCAGACCCGAGGUCAGCUGCGUUGUGUCAGAGAUUUCGUCCAGUUCCUCGCCCCUCUGAGGAGCGUGUUCUCCUGUGCUGAGCCUCGAUUCAACCGGGUCACCCUGUCUCAGUACCUGAACCGCCAGAGGCACAUACUGCACGGCCUCGAGAGGAAGGAGCUGAGGCAAUUGCCGAAGAUCAUCCAGCUGGUGUCCAGGCUGCUGCUGGACAUCGCGGAGAACCGACAGGUGAUCGAGGAAGACAUUCUGGAGGCGCCCGAUGUUGAGGACAUCGAGAUGACUCUCAGCGUCAUUGAGAAGAUGGGCCCGGAGUUAUUUGCUAAGGAGCCACGCUUACCAGGCAUGCCCACAUUACCAAGACAUUUCAACGAGCCGGCCAUCUUCUACCAUCGCAAAAGUCUGAGCUACAGCGAGUCCGACCUGAGACGACUGGGCUCGCAGCUUAACCUUCUCACCCAACGUCUGGGCCCCAUGUCUCAGAGUAAUGUUGAAAUGUCCAUACCCCGUUGGAAUUGCAACACGUCGGACAUUACGCACGGCUCAACAGGCUCGCUCUGGCAAAUCAAGAACGUGGAAAACCAAAGAGACGGGUCCAUUCUGCGGAAGAAGGUGAAGCAGAAAUCCAUCCAACGUUGGGGGUCCGUGGGGAACAGUGAAUCCACCAAAUUCACAACGAUGUUGUCCAGGUGGAAGGAAGAGCAGAGGGAUGAGCUGGAGUUGAAUGGGAUGAAGCAUCGAGAUGGAGAAGAGGAGCAUUCAGAGGUGCCCUUCAUCACCCUGCAGUCAGAGUUGUCCCUGGACGCCAGGAGGCUUCUAGUGGCCCAGUCCCUGGCAGUGGACCUUUUCCUCGAUGGGGAAGAAGAGCACAAGAACAAAGUCUUGGCUUGGCAGGCAGAGCUGAACCAAGGUGGUGGCUGGGAAAGGCUGUGCAUGGAGCGGGAUCCCUUCAUCCUCACCGGGCUCAUGUGGGCGUGGCUUGAGCAGCUUAAAGAACCGGUCAUCUCCGUCCAGGACGCCAAAACCCUGAACCCAGACAACUCCGACGCCCAAACCGUCCUCAACACACUGGACCAGGCCUCUAAGCAAACAUUAACGUGCAUACUUGAUUGUAUGGCUCAUUUGCUGACGAUACCAGAAGAGGUGGAGACCGCUUUCCUGAAUCGUACAAUCAAAGCUUUCACCUGGGUGGAAAACAGCUCAGAGGAAGGAAGCAAAGUGUACGAGUCCAUGUCUACAGCCCUACGGUGCGUCCUUGAGGACUUGAGAUGUUCGGUCAGCGACGCGGACACGCCGAUGCCUCCUUUCUCUUAA